GUAGGGCUGCCAUGUAAAGCAGGACAGAGCAUCUCCUAGCCAAGGGAAAAAAAGCCAUUUAAACCUUACACAGUGCUCUCUCUUACAUACCUGCUGCUAAAAUGGUAGAUGCUUUCUGUGCCACCUGGAAACUGGUUGACAGCCAGAACUUUGAUGAGUACAUGAAAGCCCUAGGAGUUGGCUUUGCUACCAGACAGGUUGGCAAUGUGACCAAACCCACUGUCAUCAUUAGCCAAGAAGGUGACAAAGUGGUGAUCAGGACCCAGAGUACAUUCAAGAACACAGAGAUCAGCUUCAAGCUCGGGGAAGAAUUUGAUGAAGCCACAGCUGAUGACAGGAACUGUAAGUCUACUGUAACCUUGGAAGGAGAUAAAGUAGUCCAUGUACAGAAGUGGGAUGGUAAAGAAACAAAAUUUGUAAGAGAAAUAAAGGAUGGCAAAAUGGUUAUGACUCUUACAUUUGGUGAUAUCGUUUCUGUUCGUCAGUACGAGAAGGCAUAGACAAAAUUGUGUUCUGCUUUUCAUCUACAGAAGUGUUAUUUCUCUUGAAUGAAGUGAACAUGCCGCAUCUUAACAACCAUUUUUAUACCCAAAACCAUUCCAUUUCUGAUCUGUGUACACUACCAAAUUGACAACUUUGUAUUUUCACUGAAGAUGAAACUGUAACCACUUUUUAUUAAAAAUAUAAAAAAACUAUAUUUUU